AUGAAGACCACCGGCAUCCUCUCGUCGGCGCUCCUGCUGCUCGCCUCCGCCGGCGACGUCGCGGCGCAGUGCCAGCUCCCGACCACGUACAAGUGGACGUCGUCGCAGCCCCUGGCGCAGCCCAAGAACGGCUGGGUGGCGCUCAAGGACUUCACGUCGGCGCCGUACAACGGCAAGCACGUCGUGUACGCGACGACGCACGACGCGGGCACGUCAUACGGCUCCAUGGCCUUCGGCGCCGUCUCCGACUUCUCGCAGCUCGGGGCCGCCAGCCAGACCAAGACGCCCUUUGCCGCCGUGGCGCCCACGCUCUUCUUCUUCCGGCCCAAGAACGUCUGGGUGCUCGCGUACCAGUGGGGCCCUACUGCCUUCUCGUACCGCACGUCGACGGACCCGACCAACAUCAACGGCUGGGGCGCCGCCCAGCCCCUCUUCAGCGGCUCCAUCUCGGGCUCCAGCACCGGUCCCAUCGACCAGACCGUCAUCGGUGACAGCCUCAAGAUGCACCUCUUCUUCGCCGGCGACAACGGCAAGAUCUACCGCUCCGAGAUGCCCAUCGGCAACUUCCCCGGCAGCUUCGGCUCCUCGUCCCAGGUCGUCAUGAGCGACACCACCAACAACCUGUUUGAGGCCGUCCAGGUCUACACCCUCAAGGGCCAGCAGAAGUACCUCAUGAUCGUCGAGGCCCAGGGCUCCGGCGGCCGCUUCUUCCGCUCCUUCACGGCCACCAGCCUCAACGGCACCUGGACCCCCAACGCCGCCACCGAGGCCAACCCCUUCGCCGGCAAGAAGAACAGCGGCGCCACCUGGACCAACGACAUCAGCCACGGCGACCUCGUCCGCUCCGACCCCGAUCAGACCAUGACCGUCGACCCCUGCAACCUGCAGCUGUUGUUCCAGGGUCGCAACCCCAGCGCCGGCGGCAGCUACGACCUGCUGCCCUACCGCCCCGGUCUCCUCACCCUCUCCAAGUAG